AUGGAUCUUUCGGAAGACUGGGGAGGCGAAAACUUGAACCUCGACGGUAAUAAAGAUUCUGAUUGGGCGCAGAACUAUAUUGAGGUUCUGAAAGACAAUGGGGUUGAGGAUAUGUGGAUCCUGAUAGACCCUAACCCGUCUCCUAGACGAGAGCUCUGGAAGAAAUGUGUGCAGAGCAAGCAAAGGCGUAUGGGGUGGAAAUAUUCACCUGAGAUAUAUGCUACACGGUUCCGAAAGUUUGGGUCUAAGAAUCCGCGGUUACGAAAUAGACCAGGAUUAUAG